AUGGGCGUGCUCCUCCUCGUCACGCUGGCGUCGGAGAUCUCCGCGAACCGGUCCGACUGGGAGCAGGAGGACUACACGUGGCUCAUCGUCUGCGCGGGCAUCCUCGCGUUCUGCGCGGCCUGGGGCAUCGGCGCCAACGACGUCGCCAACGCCUACGCGACGUCCGUCGGGUCCAAGGCCAUCACGGUGAAGCAGGCCGUCAUGCUCGCGUCCGUCUUCGAGUUCCUCGGCGCGCUCCUCAUGGGCUCGAACGUGUCCAAGACCAUCCGCAAGGGCAUCGCCGACGUCAAGUGCUUCGACGACAACCCGGGCCUGCUCAUGUACGGCAUGACCUGCGUCAUCAUCGCCGUCGCGGUCUGGCUCCUCGUCGCGUCGUACCUCGAGAUGCCCGUGUCGACGACGCACUCGUGCGUCGGCGGCAUCAUCGGCAUGGCCAUGAUGUCCCGGGGCCGCCGCUGCGUCGUCUGGAACUACACGAAGAACGACUACGGCAACGGCAACACGAACAUGAGCUUCGACAACUUCCCGUUCCUCGACGGCGUGUCGGAGAUCGCCGUGUCGUGGGUCCUGAGCCCCAUCGCGUCGGGCUUCUGCGCGGCCAUCCUCUACGGCAUCACCAAGUACGUCGUCCUCGAGUCGUCGCUCAUCCCCGAGUCCGUCGCGCCGCCGCACCUCCGCGCGAAGGUCCUCUUCCCCUUCAUCGUCGCGUUCACCUUCGGCGUCAACUCCGUCUUCUGGAUCGUCAAGGGCACCAAGGGCCAGCCCGAGCGCUUCGGCACGAGCCGCCUCGUGCGCGAGGCCAAGGCCGGCAACCUCGCGCCGGCCAUCGAGGUCGGCGGCAUGGUCGCGGCCUGCGGCUUCGCGCUCGCGGCGCUCGCCGUCAUCCCCAUGUCCAAGUGGGUCGACGACGACAUCGCGGCCAAGGAGGCCGCCAAGGCAUCCGCCGGCGACGACGCGGAGAAGGGCGCCGCCGCCGACGCCGCGCCCGCCGAGGGCGUCGUCGGCUACGUCAAGCACGAGCUCCUCGAGGCGGACCCGCACGCCGUGCUCAAGACGAACGAGAAGGUCGGCGACAUCCACGCGAACGUCAAGCACCACGACGCCAAGGCCGAGGGCUUCUUCCGCUACGUCCAGGUCUUCACGGCCAUUGUCGACUCCUUCUCCCACGGCGCCAACGACGUCGCCAACGCCAUGGGCCCCUUCGCCGCGGCCUACGUCGCGUACAAGAAGGGCAAGGUCGUCAAGUCGCAGGAGCUCACGGACGGCACGAUGAUGUGGAUCCUCGCCAUCGGCGGCGUCGGCAUCGUCGUCGGCCUCGCGACCUACGGCUACAAGAUCAUGAACGCCAUGGGCGUCAAGCUCACGGCCAUCACGCCGUCGCGCGGCUACUGCAUCGAGCUCGGCGCGGCCUUCGUCAUCAUCUACGGCACGGCCCAGGGCUGGCCGCUGUCGACGACGCACUGCCAGGUCGGCGCGACGGUCGCCGUGGGCCUCUUCGAGGGCACGGCCGGCGUCAACGGCAAGCUCUUCGCGAAGACCUGCUUCGGCUGGAUCAUCACGCUCGUCGUCGUCGGCACCGGCACGGCCAUCCUCGUCGGCCCCUCGCCGGAGCCCCUCAAGGACGAGUACUGCGCCGACUGGGCCGCGGUCCACUACAACUAG